CACCCGCCAGGUAGUCAGUCCGUGCUGGCACUGGUGUGGCAAGGCGAGCAAGGCGAGGUGCGGCUCGAGGCUCAGUGUGUCGAUCACCUUUCAUACGUUUCGCUCCUACAUUAUCACGGAGAUCCAUGGGAGGCAGCUCCAGUAAAACACGUUAUUUGUAGCAGCGUUGCCCUAGUUUCUGCAGCCGAUGAAUUUUGUCCCACGCAGGUCACUGAUAUUCCCAGAGAAGAAAGGUCUCUGGGUUCCAAAAGUGCAGACCAGUAAGAGGCUCAGCGCGUCUUCGUACAGCCUUGCACCCGACACUUCGCCAACAUGAUCAGUAACUCGGGUUCCAGAAUCUCACGUAAUGCCCUUCGCGCGGCCUUCAUGUUCUUUGCAUCGAUGGUCCUCGGGGCAUCCAUCGCCUUCCUCAGCUACAGCCCUUCAGUCUCACAAUACAAGAGGCCAUUCAGGGAGCCCAUGAACCACGCCGAGAUGGAGGAGAGAAACAUACCCGACUCGCCUCUGUCUGGCCACGACCCCCACGAGCUUCACCACCUCGGCGAGGGCGUGGAGGCUGAGCGGCUGAUGCAGACGGUGCGUGUCGUGUGUUGGGUGAUGACGCGCCCUGAGACACACGAAAAGAAGGCCGUGCAUGUGAAGGCGACGUGGGGCAAGAGGUGCAACAAGUUGAUCUUCAUGAGCUCGCAGAAUGAUGAUAACCUAGGCGCCAUCGAUCUGGGCGUGGGCGACGGGCGCGACCAUCUGUGGGGGAAGACCAAGGCCGCCUUUAAGUACCUCUACGACCACCACCUCAGCGACUACGACUGGUUCUUUAAGGCCGACGACGACACGUACACGGUGAUGGAGAAUAUGCGGUAUAUGCUGAGUAGUUACGACCCAAGCUUCCCUAUCUACUUCGGGUCACGCUUUAAGAAGUUCUCCAAGCAAGGCUAUAUGAGUGGAGGUGGCGGCUACGUCCUGAGUCGAGAGGCGCUGCGUCUCUUCGUGGAGGAGGCCUUGCCGAACCCUAGAAAGUGCAAGCAAGAUUACACUGGGGCCGAAGACGCCGAGAUGGGUAAGUGUCUGAACAAUGUGGGCGUGAUGGCAGGGGACACACGGGACAGCCUGGGACGCGGCCGCUUCUUCCCCUUCACGCCUGGGACACACCUCAUGGGCGGCGUCCCGGACUGGUACCUCGACUACGUGUACUACAAGCCUGACACUGGCCUCGAGUGUUGCUCCGACACGGCCGUCACCUUCCACUACGUCGACGUGACCAAGAUGUACACCCUCGAGUACCUGCUCUACCACCUGAGGCCUUACGGUAUUGCGCACCACGACCCCUUCCCCGCCCCCCUCCCGCCCGACACCAACAGUAUUCCGAAGCAGGUGCUAGAGAACGCGAGGGAGACGCAGAAUGCUUCCCACCAAGCCCAGCAGAUCCCUCAAGACACCACGAGUUAGCUGCAGCGAUAGGAGUCCCGCAACGCACCCGAGGAGGACGAGCUACAUAUCGCAUGAACGACGUCUUGGUUCUGUUAUAUUCACGUACCUGUCAACCAGUCCGUCCGUCUGUACAUAUCUUCGUCUUCUUUAUAAAAUUGUUUCCUAUUUGUUUCUCGUAUUCCCCAGUCUGCUGCAUUCUGAGUCCCUUGUCCUAUCCAGUAUUUAAACGUGUCAGUCUGUCACUACCUUACCCUGCCAACCCGUCCGUCCGUCUGUACAUGUCUUCCUUAUAUAACUGUAUGUCCUAUUACUUGUUUAUCGUAGCUUAUACGUGACACUACACUCAAUGUCACUCACGAACACUCACACACACACGAUCAUCUUCACCCUGACUGAUGGGAGUAGCUUGUCCUAUGGAUAAUUCAGUCUUUGCUCUGCCUUUCCUCAGGACAAUAGAGAGUAGAUAUCAAGCCAGCGAGUGACCAGGAGGUUCAGGCUCCGAGCGUGAAAUAAUCAACAACCUCGGACCCCUCCUGUCAAAUGCUGUGGCGGUUUAGUAGGAAUCUAAUCAAGGGACGGGGCUACGAGAGGGGAGAAAGAGGGGGAAGGACAGGAGUGGAAAAUGAAAGUAGAAGGCAAAGAAAAAGGGAGAAUGGGGCACGAUAAGACGAAAGAGGGAAUUGGAGGAGAUGGGGAAGAUAGGGAAGGAGUGGAAGAGAGAGAGAGAGAGAGAGAGAGAGAAAGGAGCGGGGGCUGUUUUGAGGUAAUUAUGCAUGAGCGUAAUGCCAUUGUAAAGUUUUCGAAGAAGACAUUCAGGUAACUUUAUAUAUAUUUUUUCUUAAUUUUUCUUGUCUCUGAUAUUACGUUUUCUACUUAUCAAGGGUUUUCAGUGCAUGGAUCUUGUUAUUGUUGUCGUUGUUGUUGUAUUUGUUGUUAUUGUUUGCUAAUUGGGAGAUCUUAUGACCUCUAACAAUUUAUUGUAUUUAUGAUACAUGAUUGUGUUAUAGUUUUGCACAAAAAAGUGGAAAAGAGAUCUAU